AAUUAUGCUUUCGAUAGCUGUCAGAUAUUUUGUUAAUUACAUUAAUUACACUUAAUUUGAAAAUAGUAAACAAUGCCUAUUUCUUUAAGUAAUGAACAAAAAGAACAUCUUGCAUUUUUGCGGGAAAAAUCGUCGGACGAUAUAAUCCAAAUGUGUAAAUCGGCUUUCGAGUACUUAACUAAUGAACAGGCUAACACCAAUAAUCAAAGAUAUGAACAGUUAGCGAAGAAAUACGCCUCCAAUCCCACCGCGGUCAAACAGGCAAUAGAAUCAUUAAUUUCCUUACUAAUUGAUGCAACAAAAGCGAAUGCUAGCGAGAGCGACAUGAAUUUUCUGCAGGAUGUUGGUUUCAGCGAAGAAGCUGUAGAUAUUCUGUCGCAGUUUGUUACUAGUAAGCGUGGAUUCAUAGAAGGUUCCAUUAAGUCAGCAAACAUACGUGCCUACCGUCUUGUACACCUCGAGUGGCGUUUGGAGGUGCGUGUUGCUUCACGCAGUCUCCUACGUCAAAGCAAUAUAUUUGUUACUAUGAAAUUCUACUUACACACUGAACCUAAAAAUGAAAACAGGGACUUGUUAGAGAAAAGUAAACACAAAAUACUCACUCAUGCCGAUGAACGUAGAAAUCGUAAGGACUUACUAGUGCAAACAGAUUUAUCGAGUUUGGUGCACAUAAUACAUACACUCGAGGACGCAUUAUUGGAAUCAAAAACAAGGCGUAUCAAAAACAUUGUGGAUGCAAUUCAUUAGUCAUGUCUAAGUAAUAAAUAAAGCAGAGUAAACAAGUGGUAGCAUUUAAAAUUAUUUUAUUGGCCAAACUAUAUCUAA